AUGGCCUCAAAUUCUGCAUUAGCUGCAGUUCUCUUUCUAACUUCAUUCAUGUUUGGUUGUGGCUUAGCUGCCACCGUCGUUGUCGGAGGCUCUGCGGGGUGGCGCUUCGGCUACAACUACACCGAUUGGGCUCUCAAACACGGUCCCUUCUACAUCAAUGAUACUCUAGUGUUCAAGUAUGUGGCGACGACUACGAGCAACGGGAGCGAGUCACACAGCGUGUACUUGCUCCCAAAUCUAUACAGCUACGUGCAGUGCGAUUGCAGCCGAGCUCAGCUUCUGUCGAAUCCGAGUGGAAGCGGCGGGUGCUAA